UCAACAUGGCGGCCGCGGCGGCAGCGUAGCUUCGUAAGCAGGAAGCCUCCCGCUGCUCAGAGGGAGCUCAGAGGCGUCUCAGCCCGCACACUGACCCGCACCGGCUCGGCUCGGACCCCUUCUGUCGGUCGGUUCUCUGCAGCAGCAGGAUGCCGCCGAAGAACCUGAUGGAUCAGUUCAGACAGGGAGACCUGGUGUUCGCCAAAAUGAAGGGGUUCCCCCACUGGCCCGCCAGGAUCUGUAAGUUGGAGAACGGGAGUAAGAAGCGAGUCCCGGUCUUCUUCUUCGGGACUCAUCAGAUAGGAAACAUCCUCCCGGAGAACGUCAUCCCGUACGUCGGAAACAAGAUGAAGUACGGCAGCGGCGUCCGCAUCAAAGGCUUCACGGAGGGGAUGUGGGAGAUCCAGAACACGCCGGGAGUCGGGAGUAAAAUCAGAAUACCAGUACAGACGAACACCCAACCUGCAGCCAAACCUACACCUGCUAAACCGACUCCACCUGACAAACCUAAAUCCACCCCCACUAAAUCUGCCCCGGUAAAGACCGACAGUAAACCAGCAGCUGGAAGAAACCGACGAGUCACAAACAAACAGGAAACAGCUGUUGUGGCUAAAACUCCGACUAGAACCUCGUUAAGAUUUGCUCCGGAGAAAACGACUUCUGAACAGACGACGACUUCAGACGAGAGUUCUGCGAACACGAGGAGCAGGAGGUCAGCGGCAGGAGGGAGGAGUGAGAAGGAGAAGGAGGUCGAUGCCGAGCAGUCCAAGAAGACGACACCUGCUGUGAUUCCUCCAGUGAGCAAGAAGCUGAAGAGCACAGAGUCAAAGUCUGCUUCAAAACAAAUGUCCAAGAACGAGGAGGAGACGGAGGAAAAGGAGGAGACGGAGGAAGAGAGCCAAGGAGUCAAGAGGAAGAGAGACGAAGAGGACAAAGAGAAGGAGACAAAGCAGGACGGAGGUGAAGGAAAGAAAGAGGAGACAAGAACAUCGGAGAGGAAAGGAGCGAAACAAAAGAAAGAAGAGGAGAAACAGAAGGAGGAUGAAGGUGUGGAGGGAAAGGGAGGAGCGAAGGAGGAGGAGAAGAAGUCAGCAGAGAGCCAAGGAGUCAAGAGGAAGAGAGACGAGAAGGAAACAAGUAAGGAUGACGAUGAAGGAGUGAAGAGGAAGGAGGAGGAGGAGAAACAGAAGAAGACAAAGCUGGAUGAAGGUGUGAAGGGAAAGAAAGAGGAGACGACAGAGGGCCGAGCGAUGAAGACGAGGAGAGGGGAGAGAGGAGAGGAGAGGAAAACAGAACAAGGUGGCAGCGAAGGAAAGAAAAAGGAGACGACAGAGGGCCGAGUGAUGAAGACGAGGAGAGGAGACGAGAGGAAAACAGAACAAGGAGGCAGCGAAGGAAAGAAAGAGGAGACGACAGAGGGCCGAGUGAUGAAGACGAGGAGAGGAGACGAGAGGAAAACAGAACAAGGAGGCAGCGAAGGAAAGAAAGAGGAGACGACAGAGGGCCGAGUGAUGAAGACGAGGAGAGGGGAGAGAGGAGAGGAGAGGAAAACAGAACAAGGAGGCAGCGAAGGAAAGAAAGAGGAGACGACAGAGGGCCGAGUGAUGAAGACGAGGAGAGGGGAGAGAGGAGAGGAGAGGAAAGCAGAACAAGGAGGCAGCGAAGGAAAGAAAGAAGAGACGACGAGGAGAGAGACAAGGUCCGAGAGCGAGGGAAGAAAAAGAACAAGAGGAAAGGAGGAGGAAACAAAGAGGGAGGAGAAGGAGGCGCCUGAAGAUGUGAUGAUGAAGAAGAAGAGGAAGGAGGAGGAGAAAACCAGAGGGAUGAAAACGAGGAGAGCAGAGGAGUCAGGAGAGGGAGGAAAGAAGGAAGAGACGAUAAAGGAGAAGACGUCUGAGGAGGAGAAGGACGGAAAAGAGGAGAGGGGAGGCGGAGCUAAGGACGAGGAGCGACAGCACCACCUGGCUGCCAAGAGAGACAGUCUGCUGAAGUCUCUGAGAGGACUUCUGAGGUCCGGGAGAGGAGCGAAGAGGAGGGAGGCGACGAAGAGCUCCCAGAAACACGGGGACGGAGCAAAGAAGAAGGUGGAGGUUAAAAAGAAGAGUCAGACGGCGUCAGAGAAGAAGAGUUUGAUCAGCGGGAAGAAAGAGAAAGAAACGACGGAGGUGAAACAGAAAGGAGGCGCUGAGAAAGAAGAGAAGAAGGACGAGCAGGAGAAGAAGACUGAGACGAGGAAAACCACAGAUGAGGUGAAGACGAAAGAAAAGGAGACGGAGGACAAGACGAAGACGGACGGAAAGAAAGACGAGAGCGUGACGGAGAAGAAAGACGAGGAGAAGAAAGACGAAGAGAAGAAGGACGAGAGGAAAAUCAUCGGGAAGAUUGUAAAAGCAACGGCCGGACGAGGGACGAGGAUCCAGGUGAAGACGAUGAUGGGAGGAACGGCGACUCCAUCGACGUCGGUGGAAGAGAAGAAGAAGAAAGAGGAGAAGAAGAAGAGUGAGGCGGUGAGAGAGAAGAGAUCUGAGGACAGGAACUCUGAGAGAGCGAAGGAGGACAGAAAAGACAAGAACGUAACAGAGGUUAAAAAAAAGGAGAACGAGACGACGCAGAAGAAGAACGAAGACGAGCAGAAAGCGACGGCCAAAGCACAAGAGAAGAAGAACGAAGACGAGCAGAAAGAGACGGCCAAAACACAAGAGAAGAAGAACGAAGACGAGCAGAAAGAGACGGCCAAAACACAAGAGAAGAAGAGCGAAGACCAGCAGAAAGAGACGGCCAAACCACAAGAGAAGAAGAACGAAGUCGAGCAGAAAGCGACGGCCAAAGCACAAGAGAAGAAGAACGAAGACCAGCAGAAAGAGACGGCCAAACCACAAGAGAAGAAGAACGAAGACCAGCAGAAAGAGACGGCAAAAACACAAGAGAAGAAGAACGAAGACCAGCAGAAAGAGACGGCCAAAACACAAGAGAAGAAGAGCGAAGACCAGCAGAAAGAGACGGCCAAACCACAAGAGAAGAAGAACGAAGACCAGCAGAAAGAGACGGCCAAAACACAAGAGAAGAAGAGCGAAGACCAGCAGAAAGAGACGGCCAAACCACAAGAGAAGAAGAACGAAGACCAGCAGAAAGAGACGGCCAAACCACAAGAGAAGAAGAACGAAGACCAGCAGAAAGAGACGGCCAAAACACAAGAGAAGAAGAGCGAAGACGAGCAGAAAGAGACGGCCAAAAACACGAAAGAGAAGACGGCCAAAACACAAGAGAAGAAGAGCGAAGACGAGCAGAAAGAGACGGCCAAAACACAAGAGAAGAAGAACGAAGACCAGCAGAAAGAGACGGCCAAAACACAAGAGAAGAAGAGCGAAGACGAGCAGAAAGCGACGGCCAAAACACAAGAGAAGAAGAGCGAAGACCAGCAGAAAGAGACGGCCAAAACACAAGAGAUGAAGAAGGAACUCGAGGCGGAAAAAACAGCACCGAUGGAGAAGAAGAGCGGCAAAACCACAGAAGAAGAACCCACGAAGAGUACGGGUUCAGAGCCAGAGCAGAAGCACGCCGAAGACGAGACGAAACCACCGAAGAAGAAGAGCGAGAAAACGCCGACGACGGAGGCAGCAGAGGAGGCGGAGUCCAAAACGGGAGAAACCAAAGAGGAGGCGAGGAGCGCAGAAGAAGACGGGACGACGGAGGGCGGCUCAUCGGACGGAGAGAAGGCGGAGCCGACGGAGAAGAAGAGCUCCGCCUCCAUGACGCUGACGGACUCCACGCUGCACCGGAUCCACGGAGACAUCCGGAUCUCUCUGAAGACCGACAACCCCGACAUCAGGAAGUGUCUGAUGGCGUUGGACCAGCUCAGCAUGGUGUACGUGACGUGCAAACACGUCCAGAGACACAGCGAGCUCGUCUCCACGCUCAGAAAGUUGCGGUACUACAAGGCGAACCAGGCCAUCAUGGACAAGGCGGCCAUGUUGUACAGCCGCUUCAAGAACUCCUUCCUGGUGGGGGAGGGGGAGGAGGUGGUGAGCGCCGCCUUCCUCCGCUCGCUGCUGGAGGAGAAGGAGAGGGAGGAGGCCCAGCGGAUGGAGAGGCUGAGGGGGGAGGAGCCAACGCAGGAGGGGAAGGUGGAGGGAGGAGAGGUGGAGGAGGUGAAAACUGAAGCCGCUCCAGUGGAUUGUUCCUGAAGAUUCUGUCUUUUUUCUUUUUUUGGAAGCAGCCUGGGCUGAACCAACUCUGAUCUGAGGGGUGUUGACCAGAAACACCCCCGCACGGACAAUGAGAUCUUCCACUCUCAUUCACCUCCUCAGCUACACACACACCUGUGCAUUACCUGAUUAUUUAUUACCUGUUGUACAUGAAUAUCUGAAUAGUUGACGUGUUCCGGUGGAUUGUCACACCUGAGCGGCUACCGUUAGCCUGUUAGCAUUAAUGUCAUCAUUAGUGAUUUUCAAACAGAACGUGACACUACAUUCACCUGAGCAUUAACAGAACAUUAACUCACCUGUGUCUUUAAGCUGACCUCAACCAUCUCUGACAUGUCAUUUGGGUGUACUGUACCUUUUAAGAAGCCGGCGUAGCCUUAACCUACCUCUGCUGACUGUCUUUCAUGAGGAGAGGGUGCAUGGUCCUUCUGUUGUUUUUAAUAAGUGUUACAGUACUUAUGGGGACGUUCGGUCCUCAUAAGGGAGGUAAAGUCUGCUGGGACUCGUACUCUUUCAUUUUAAAGGUGCUGUUUUAUUUCAUCACUCCAUUGUCUCCAAAUAAACGUUAAUGUAGAACAAACCUUCAACUUGUUUUGGUUCAGGAGGUGACGGGGCUGAUGGGAAAUGUAGUUUUAUUUAGAAAUGUGCUUUCUUUUUUAAUUUAAUGUCAGAUGAACAAAAUUCAAACCCUCAAAAUAUAAGCAUUAAACGGUUCCGUUGAACGUUGACAUUCACGCCUCAGUUGCUGGGCAGCAUUCGGUGCCUUGCUCAAGGGCACCGCAGCGGUUCACUUAUGGAGAACUGCUUUUAUAGAACUUUGUACAGCAAGAUAUUUUAUUCUGUAUUUUUAUUGUGACGCAGUGAGACAGUUUUUUUUGUUGUUUCAUGUGUGAAUACAGUGAAUAACUGAUUAUUUGUUCCAGAUGUAACGUUUAUCAUUAUGAACAUGGCUGAAUAAUUAAAGAAUCAC